ACGUAGGUAAUAUUAUUAUCUUAGAAAAAUACGUUAUUAUGUACGUCAAUGAAUAUAUUAAAAAUGUAAUAACAAUAAGAAAAUUUAUAGCUAAUGAACUUUGAUUGAAAAAACUAACAUCGAACGACUGGGUUGUUUACUAAAUAACAAAAAAAUAGUUACCAAAAGUAAAAGAAAAAUGAGGUCCCGAGUAAUUAGUUUAAUGGACACAUUAAACUCUAUUUCUUGUAGAUGCCCUACUCAUUCUACUUUAGGUAUGUUACCCACAAGACUUAGUACUAACACUGAUCAAAAAGAGUAUGCUUUUGAAAUGGCAUGUUCUACAAUACGCUAUGGACCUGGAGUUACCAAAGAAUUGGGUAUGGAUAUGGUUAAUAUGAAUGCUAAACGUGUAUGUGUUAUGACUGAUUCAAAUCUGGUUAACUUGUCACCUGUCAAAGCUGUUCUUGACUCACUUACAAAAUAUGGUGUUCAGUAUGACCUUUAUGACAAGGUCAGAGUUGAGCCUAACGAAAAAAGUCUUAGAGCUGCUACAGAGUAUGUACGUAAUUUACAGUUUGAUGCAUUUAUUGCAGUUGGUGGAGGUUCUGUUAUGGAUACAUGCAAAGCAGCUAAUUUAUAUUAUUCAGAUCCAAAUUCUGAAUUUUUGGAUUAUGUCAAUCCUCCUAUUGGAAAAGGAAAACCAGUUACUGUACCGUUAAAACCUUUAAUUGCUGUACCAACUACUACUGGUACAGGUAGUGAAACAACUGGUGUUUCUAUUUUUGAUUUUGAAGAACUUAAAGCAAAAACUGGUAUUGCUAAUAGAGCACUAAGGCCAACAUUAGGUAUAGUCGAUCCGCUACAUGCACUUUGUCAGCCAGAAAGAGUGUGUGCAUUUAGCGGUUUUGAUGUAUUUGGUCAUGCUCUAGAAUCAUUUACAGCUAUACCUUACAAUGAAAGAAUGCCACGACCAACUAAUCCAAUUUUAAGACCAGCAUAUCAAGGACGUAAUCCUAUAUCUGAUGUGUGGGCUCGUUAUGCAUUAGAUAUUAUUAAAAAGUAUUUCAAAAGAGCAGUCUAUGAUCCUGAAGAUUUUGAGGCUCGUUCAAACAUGCAUUUAGCUUCAACAAUGGCUGGUGUUGGUUUUGGUAAUGCUGGUGUUCACUUAUGCCAUGCUCUUUCAUAUCCUAUCUCUGGUAAUGUAAAAGAAUAUCAAGCUACUGACUAUGUGACUGAUCAUCCUAUUAUUCCUCAUGGAUUAAGUGUCAUUAUGUCUGGUCCAGCAGUUUUUGAAUUUACAUCAUCUGCUAGCCCAUCACGCCAUUUAGAAGGAGCUAAACUACUGGGUGCUGAUAUAAGUAAUGUCAAAGAAGCUGAUGCUGGUAAGUUUUUGGCUGAUGUUAUUAGAGGUUACAUGCAAGACAUGAAAAUUGAUAAUGGAUUGUUAGCUCUUGGUUAUACUAAAAAUGAUAUACCAAAUUUAGUCAAAGGAACUUUACCACAACACAGAAUCACAAAAUUAGCUCCUCGAGAACAAUCUGAGGAAGAUCUAAGUAAUUUAUUUGAAAAAUCACUCACAGUUUUUUGAACUAAUGUGAAAAAUAUAUUUAAUAUAUAUUAUAUUGUAUGUUACUUAUAA